AUGGGUAUUUUUGUUGACUCUCCACACGGCGCGCCUAAUCACGUUCUGAUCAAUGAAUACAUGCCGGGGCAGGGCAUUAUGCCGCACGAAGAUGGAAGCGCGUAUUACCCGCUCGUGGCUACUGUUAGUCUUGGGGCGCCGAUUGUGUUGGAUUUGUAUACAAAGCGGAAGAGCGAAGGCCAAGAGGGACAAGAUGAGGAUGGAGCAGAAGAACGGCGGCCGCAAUUUCGUAUUUUGCAGGAAAGACGUAGUCUGCUGGUUACCACAAGCGGACUUUAUACGGACUUUCUGCACGGGAUUGCGGAGUCGACGAGAGAGAAAGGGUUGGGGCCAGAGUCGGUGUGUAAUUGGGACUUGUUGCGGGAGAAAGAUCGGUAUGAGAAUGGGUGGUUCGACAGGGCGACGAGGAUUAGCUUGACCUAUCGGGAUGUGAUCAAGGUUGCCAAAGUGGGAAAUAAAUUCAAGUUCUUGAAUGGGCGGUGA